ACUUCCCUACGGAGGGCUGGGAACAAAAGAAAGAGGGAAACAGCGAAGCAUGAAUAACCAAGAGUAUGUUUGUAGAAUAAGUGCGUUAUUUUACCGUCAUUAAAUUAAAUAUGAAGGUAUGAAGAUGAAACACAUAAAAUAAUCGCGGAUAGUAUUACACUGUUAUAACAACUGAUGGAUAUGCUCCAUCCAGAGUAGAGGUGGGAGAGCACCAAAAAGCGCGCCUGAACCUAUGGCCUCAAAACGGACCCCGAGUCGCGUUUACACCGAUACCUCCACACACUAGCGACACAGUACAACGAAGCAGUGCCGUAAGCAAACAAAACAACACAGGCGGCGAUUUCACUAGACCAAACAUCACUUGCGUUAUCUUACACUUCAAAAAUACGUUAUUUUAACAAGUUAACUUUGCUUGUGUGCCGCUGUGGUACAACUUACAAGCUACAUCUUCUGGAUUAAGACAUAGCCUUGUAGCUACCUGUGCUAGCUUGGUGUGCCCAAACAGCGAAAUACGCCAUAUUAUGAAACAAAAAUUAAACAUUUACGUUCGCUACAUAUCAUUUUUUUUACACGGGGGGGGGGGGGGUAAACUAAAAAUAAGCAGGCGACAAAUAGCCUAGCACGAACGGCUAACAGGCGUAUCAGGCUAGCGCUGCUAACGCUAGCCCCAUCCGAAGUUUACCAAACAGGAUUGGCUUAACAAAUAUAAAGUCCCACAUUUCUGCACAUGAACUCAUUCGGAUAUUCGUGUCGAGUAUUCCUUCAUAAAUACGCUUCAUAUGAAUGCAUGGAAUUAAUUCGACGAUCAGGCUAAAAUACUUUUGUUAUUUCAAAUAUUUACUAGACUUUCUUACCUCCGCCAUGUUUGCAAUCCUGCAGGGUCGCGCUGGGGGUCAGCAGCAGAUCCCGGAUACACGGCCCCGCCCACUUUUCUGCAGCAUCUCCAACCAAGAAUGCAAGAAAGUUGAAGGAUCCGUGUACAAAUAUCAUGAUAAAUAAUGACUCCUUUAUUAUUUGUGACUCCAACCUAAUAGUCGCGCCUAAAUGUGUUAGAUACAGCAAUAUACGUUUUUUUGGAAAUUGUAUAUAAUGACUUCAUAGAAUUGAAUAUAUGCUCUGAUCAAUUCAAGCAUUAAACAUGCACCCCCUGGUACCAUUCUCAGUAUCGCUGAUUGCUUGUUAAAAUAGUCCACACAAACAUCGCUAUAUUGCUAUGUAAACAGCCAUGACUAUAAUCUGUUGAUAGAUAUCAACAGAUAACAGUUAAGGGUAUCACCAUCACUGAAAGUAAUCCAUUAGGAAACACUUUGCUGAAAGCUUUGCAAUAAAGCCCACACAAUCCUCUGCCAUAAACACCAAUUCCCCUCUUUAACAUUUUAGAAAAUGGACUUAUUCACAGCUUCCCAAAAAUGGCCCAGGCAGUCACAUCUGUCAAUCCCGAUUACCCCACGCUAGUCCACAUCAGGGGACCUGAGUCUACAGGGUUUAGGUACGGGAGUCGCCUGGAAGGCCCAAGUAUGGAGUAUGACAUCACUUCAAACUCUGCAUAAAUACAGCGAGCGUGUGUGUCAGUCAAAGACAACCAUCUGCAGGAGCCAACAUGCGGUGGGCUGUGCUCGUGGCGGUGGCGUUGUGGUGCUGUGUGGCGGAGGUGCGGCUGCAGGACCAGGGGUACACCCUGAGGCUGUGCGGCCGGGAGCUGCUCCGGGCCGUGGUCUACACUUGCGGGGGGUCCCGCUGGAGGAGGCUCUUGGAGACCACAGACUUUGGCCAUACAUCGCCCAGCCUUCUGGGCAGGAGUGUGGACCCCAAGAGAGGCCUGCAGAAGAGGGACGUGAACCAGUACCUGACCUUCAUGUGCUGUCAGAUAGGCUGUCGGAAGAGUGACCUGUCCAAGCUAUGCUAGGCCGCCGGGGCCAUGGACAAGGUCAAAGGUUGACCUCGGUUUGGCCGCACUAAAGCGUGGAAGGCAGAGAUGAUGGGAUCAUCUGCUAUUUGUACUGUGACUAUGCCGGGAUAAUUAUUAUACUGCAACAAUAAAGAAA